AACUAAAUGUUGUUAGUCUACUGCUCGAAGGUCGCAUUGAAAUUUUCUUCCUUAACAAUACAUUCAUGAAAAACAUUGAGUUUGUUUACAGUUGUGUUGUGAGUAGGAACUUGUUUAGUGGGUUAGUUAGUUAAUGCCCUAUUUUUGUAAAGAGAGAUGAUUUUAACAAAAAUGCUACCUAAACUGUAUUCCACAUGUCAGUUUGUAAACAGGAUUGAAACCACAUUGCUCAACAAAAAUUUAGGAGUCAAAUUUCUCAGUACUAAAGAAAUCAUCGACAGGGAAAAGAAAUACGCUGCUCACAAUUAUCAUCCUUUACCGGUCGCAUUAUCUAAAGGAGAAGGUGUUUUUGUAUGGGACGUCGAGGGAAAACGAUAUUUUGAUUAUUUGAGUGGUUACUCAGCAAAUAAUUUUGGACAUUGUCAUCCAAAAAUUGUUCAAACACUACAAAAACAAGCACAAGUUUUGCAUCACACGUCAAGGGCAUUUUACUCGGAUGUUUUUGGCGAAUAUGCACAGUUUGUCACUAAACUGUUUGGAUAUGACAAAGUUAUGCCAAUGAAUACAGGUGUAGAAGCCGACGACACCGCUUGCAAGAUCUCCCGCAAAUGGGGCUACAAAGUGAAAAAAAUUCCAAAAAAUGAAGCAAAAAUGAUUUUUGCUGUUGACAAUUUCUGGGGCCGUUCCUUAGCUGCAGUUUCCGCUUCUACCGACCCAUCGUCGUUUGAGGGUUACGGCCCUUUUAUGCCAGGCUUCAGUUGUGUUCCUUACAACGAUCUCAUCGCUUUAGAAAAAGCUCUUCAAGACCCUUUAGUCUGCGGUUUUAUGGUCGAACCCAUCCAAGGCGAAGCUGGAGUGGUCGUCCCAAGUGAAGGCUACCUACAAGGCGUGAGGAGUUUGUGUACCAAAUAUAACGUCCUGUGGACGGCCGAUGAAAUCCAGACCGGAUUAGGAAGAACUGGAAAAAGACUAGCUGUGGAUUACGAAGAUGUCAAACCUGAUAUCUUAGUCCUGGGCAAGGCUUUAGGCGGCGGUGUCUAUCCAGUGUCUGCAUGUUUGGCAAAUGACCCUAUAAUGCUAGUCAUUGAACCCGGGACUCAUGGAUCCACUUUCGGUGGUAAUCCCCUAGGUUCUAAAGUAGCGAUAGCAGCUUUAGAAGUAUUAGAAGAAGAGAAUUUAGCACAGAAUGCAUUUGAACUUGGAGAAAUGUUUCGUGUUCAAUUGCGAAAACGGUUAAGUAAGGAUGUUGUAAUUGAAGUAAGGGGAAGAGGAUUACUCAAUGCAAUAGUCAUAAAUAAAAAUUAUAUAGAAGCCUGGGAUGUUUGUCUGAAAAUGAAAGAAAAUGGUCUAAUAGCAAAGCAUACUCAUGACAACAUCAUCAGAUUUGCACCACCACUUGUAAUGACUAAAGACCAACUUCAAGAGUCCACUGAAAUUAUUGUAAAAACAAUUAACAGUAUUGAAACAAAAUAGCUAACAAAUGUUUUGUAAGACUUUAUACAGGUGUCCGGAAAGUCGCGCAUCUCCGUGACACUGUAUCAUCGGGCGGUGCCUUAGACGACAAGAAAAAUGUUUAAAGUAAUCUAUUUAUAAAAAUUUUGAGGUUAUGGGAGUUUACAUUUUGCACUUUGACUAUUUAUUUCUGUAAGAAAAAUAAUUUUACAAAUUUUCAAAGUACAGGCUAUUAGAAGAGGAAACAAGGAAGCUGUAUCAUAAAGUGUAAAUCUGUUUAGUGUCAUUUGUGGCUUUUAUUGGCAAAAUUUUUGUACCUUUACUAAAUAAUUAUAGAAAAACAUAUACAAGAUCAUCAGUAUCAUUAAAUAGACAUAAAAAAAUGUCAAAAAAUAAAUGUCAAAAUUUUUUACAGAAUUUUUUAAACAUUUUUUAGUACUCUGGGGGACUACCCAAUUACUCCCUUUCAAAGAAAUGCGCGAGUUUUCGGACAUCCUGUAUUUUUAUAUUAUCUGUUAAACAUGUAAUUUUACUAAAAUAAAUGUUUGUUUUUA